AUGCCAAUACAAGAGGAAUGUUCAGUAAUACCGGAUGUACCACGUGGACCACUGUGUGCUUAUCGAUCGAAGGCUCAGUUUAACUGGAAAGAAUUUCGGCUAGUGCUAGAGGAUAAAGAGCUCGUGAAAAUAAAAUACGACAUAUGGCGCCGAUUGGAAUCGGAACCGCUGUUCUCACCGGUUACGGCUACAUUGUCGGUCGAUCAGCAGAAAGAACGCGCCGCAAGGCAGGUGAAUCGUAUCGCCGAUCUGGAACUCGCACCACCAGAGAUCUAUUCGAAACCCUACAAAUAUCGUGUGCGUUAUCUGAUGAGCAUCAACGAAGCGCUCCACGCCGUAUGUCCAAGCCUGUCCGUAAAAAUUGCACUCGGCGUUGGGCUGUUCACGAACUCGCUGCUUGCGAUGGGUACCGAGCGUCACCAGGACGUGUACAAUAAGGCGUGGAACCGGGAGAUCAUUACAUGCUUAGCGAUCACGGAGGUAUCGCACGGUAGCAACACGAAACGAUGUCGCACAACCGCAACGUACGAUCCGACCACACAAGAGUUCAUUAUACACACGCCCGAUUUUGAGGCGGCCAAAUGCUGGAUCGGCAAUCUGGGCAAAACGGCCUCGAUAGCGCUACUGUUCGCUAUUCUCUACACCGCCGAUGGGGAAAAUCAUGGACUGCAAGGCUUUCUCGUGCCGAUACGCGAUCCGAAAACGUUACUGCCCUACCCGGGCGUGACGGUGGGCGAUAUUGGCGAAAAGAUCGGCCUAAAUGGGAUCGACAAUGGUUUCGUGAUGUUCAACAACUAUCGUAUACCGCGUGAGAAUUUGCUGAACCGCACCGGUGAUGUGACGCCGGAGGGUGUGUACGAGAGCACGUUCAGCGAGCCGGGCAAAAUUCUUGGCGCGGUGCUAGAAUCUUUCUCCGCGGGACGGUUGGGCAUCAUGCAGGAGUCGUCCAACACGCUAUCGCAUGCGGCCGUCAUUGCGGUGAGGUAUGCCGCGCUGAGGAAACAGUUCGGAACGGACCGGAAUGGACCGGAGCAAUCGAUCAUCGAGUAUCAGUUGCAUCAAUGGCGCAUAUUUCCCUAUCUGGCUGCGGCCUGCGUACUUAAGGUGUCGGUGUUUGCCAUGACCGAGAUCUAUCUCGAGACGGUGCAGAAAUCUCAAGCCGAAUCGAACGGAUUCGAGCUGCUGACCCAGAUCGUGUCGGAGAUACACGCGCUGGUGUCAUCGUCGAAACCGCUCGUUACGUGGACGGCACGUGAUGCGAUUCAAGAAUCGCGCGAAGCUUGCGGCGGUCACGGUUACCUGCGGGCGGCCAAUUUGGGCGAGCUGCGUAACAAUCACGAUCCUAGCUGUACUUACGAAGGUGACAAUAAUGUGCUGGGCCAGCAGGCUUCCAAUUGGCUCAUCAGGCAGUGGAAGAACGCGCAGGUGGAGAGUCCGGUGGGAACGGCCAGCUUUAUCACACGCAGGAACGCAAUAUUGGCCAGUGAUUUUGAAGCUCUGCUGCGUAAGGGAGUUCACAUCGAAAGCUCGGACUUCGUCAGUCAGUGCUACGAAUGGCUCAUGUGUUGGUUGCUUAAGGAAAGUGUAGCAAAGAUGGAGGAAGCCAACAAGGUCGGUUUGGAUACGUUUACGGCACGUAACAACUGUCAGGUCUAUCGGGCGCGAGAUUUAAGCCGUGCGUACGCGGAGUAUUACGCAUUGGAGAGUUUCAGAUCCCGAUGUGCUCGUGGUGACGUAAAGGAGGAACUGCGUCCGGUGCUCUUCCGGGUGUAUUUGAUCUACGGUAUGUGGUGUCUCGAUCGACACAUGACCACCUUCUACGCUGGUUCAUUCGCCAAGGGUUCACAGUUUGCGGACGCAGUACGCGAUACGCUGCUGCGAAUGUGUGGCGCCCUGAACGAUUCCGCCGUAGCCAUUGCCGAUGCACUGGCUCCACCUGACUGGGUACUAAACUCGGUAAUCGCCAAAUCCGACGGGCGAUUGUACGAGAAUAUUCAGUCGGUGUUUAUGACCAAUCCGGGUGCGCUGGAACGAGCGUCCUGGUGGAAGGACGUGAUACCGUCUAAGCUGAAGAGUAAACUGUAG